CUCGGAGUUCAGUUAGCACCAGCUAACAGCUAGCGCCGAUUCCUCGGAGGUAACUUACGGAGGGGAACCAGACCCGAGCCGAGCCGGUCACCACUCCCGCCCCACAGCCUCCAGCCUGCGCUGUUGCUCUCUCUGACCAGGUUCUGACCCGGUUCCGACCCGCUCCGGUAGUUACGGUGAGAACAUGUCUGCAGUUCAGCGGAUGAAGGUGGCCAACGAGCGGCACAGCAAGACGAUCACACAGCGGGGACACGUCCAGAAAACCUCGAGGCCGGUGAACGAGGACAAGUCUCCGGUGGGUCCCUGGCUGCUGGCGCUCUUCGUCUUUGUGGUUUGUGGAUCAGCCAUCUUCCAGAUCAUCCAGAGCAUCCGACAGGGCAUGUGAUGACCUCUGACCCCAGAGCCAAGCCUGCCUUCAUCACCCCGCCCUACACACACACACACACACACACACACACACACACACACACACACGGGCGUUUCUGGCUUUGUGGGGAUUGUAAAUUAUUGGUCUCCAUGAACCUGAACUCUGAAAUCUGGCCUGAACACUGGGUCACUUAAGACGUGUCUCCACCGUGAAGAAGUAAUCCAGUUGUGGAGACACGUCCUCAGUAUAAGGACGUGUGUCCACAGCUGUCCUGCUGAUGUGUCCUUGUAUCCCUGAUUGUCCUCAUGUUGCUGAGUUAGAGCCCUGGUCCCUACAGAGGCAGAAAGACCAGAACACACACACACACACACACGUUCCUGUGGAGUUAAACUCAUUUCUCUUCCUUCUGUUACUGCAGAACAUUGUUUUUUUUAUCAUUAUUAUUAUUAUUUUCUGCACUGCUGCUGGUGAUGAACUGAUGGAGUUGCUGGUAUCUGAUGAAGUCUUAACUGUUUUCCUUCCAGUCGUCCAGCCGCCUGCUGCUGAUUUAGAGGGAGAUUCUGUUGUUUCUGAACCCGGUGAAGCUUUGAUUGGUCCCUCAGAGUUCAGAGUCACCGUCGGUAAUAAUUAUUUAAAAAUAUUUAUGAAGAGUCUGCAGUCGGCCCAUCCCUGAAAGCCAUAACGCUGAUGUUUCAGCAGAGGAUCAGAAAAACGGGGCCAGUUGUUUACUGCUCUCUGUUAAGCUGUGACCGUUAACUCUUCCUCUGUAUUUCACAAUAAAAGCGCAGCAUGCUCUGUCCUCUGGUAUAAUGUGACUUAACCAUAACAGAAGCUGAUUGCAGGAUGAGUUGGUUUCUGUGGGGAUAAGCAGGAUUUUUCUUUUUAAUGCUCUGGAAACAGCAGCUUUAGCUCCGCCUCCAUCUCUGUUCUGCAGGAAGUGAAUUUUACUGUAAAACUGAUGACAACAAGCUCCCUGCUGCAGCUGUUUAUGUCUCCCCUGCUGGACGAUUUCUCCACUUUUAUACAAAAUAAAACUUCUGAUAUUUUUCUCUA